CUCUGUCCCCGGCCCUCCGCCCCCUGGGCCCCGGCCCGUGCCCCCAACAGUGCCCUGGCCGCAGAGCCUCCGCUGCGGCCCGAUGAAUGGAGUCGCCUUCUGCCUGGUCGGGAUCCCGCCGCGUCCGGAGCCCCGGCCCCCCCAGCUUCCCCUGGGCCCACGAGAUGGGUGCUCUUCUCGGCGCCCCCUCCCCUGGCAGGGGCCGAGGACACUGCUGCUGCGCAAAAGUCUGCAGGACGGCUUUGGCUUCACCCUGCGUCACUUCAUCGUGUACCCGCCCGAGUCAGCCAUUCACUGCAGCCUGAAGGAGGAAGAGAAUGGAGGCCGAGGCCGAGGAGGAGGACCCUCCCCUCGGCACCGCCUGGAGCCCAUGGACACCAUCUUUGUGAAGAAUGUGAAAGAUGGUGGCCCCGCCCACAGGGCGGGGCUUCGCACAGGAGAUCGGCUGGUGAAGGUGAACGGGGAGAGCGUCAUUGGGAAGACAUACUCCCAGGUCAUAGGGCUGAUCCAGAACAGUGAUGACACCCUGGAGCUCUCCAUCAUGCCCAAGGAUGAGGACAUCCUCCAGCUGGCCUACUCCCAGGAUGCCUACCUGAAGGGCAACGAGCCGUAUUCUGGAGAGGCGCGCAGCAUCCCAGAACCACCUCCACUCUGCUACCCACGGAAGUCCUAUGCCCCGCCGACCCGGGCCUCUGCCUGGGCCACUAUGGUGCCUGAGCCCAUCUUAGCACUGCCCACGGAUCCCCGGAGUCCCGCGGCCUGGAGUGACCCAGGGUCCCGUGUCCCAUCUGCCACCCGUGCCCAACUGGACAACUCUUCUUUGGGGAUGAGCCAGCCCCGCCCAAGCCCUGGUGCCUUUGCCCACCACCCUUCAGAGUCCCGGACGCCGCGUGCCUUCCCAGAGCCCGGUAGCCGGGUGCUCCCCAGCAGACUGGAGUGCCAGCAGGCUCUGUCACACUGGCUGUCAAAUCAGAUACCCCGCAGGGCGGGGGAGAGACGGUGCCCAGCUAUGCCACCCCGGGCCCGGAGUGCCUCCCAGGACCGGUUGGAGGAUGUGACUGCCCACCACCCAUGGCCCUGCUCCACCUCCCAGGAUGCCUUGAGCCAGCUGGGCCAGGAGGGCUGGCACCGAGCUCGCUCAGACGAUUACCUGAGCCGGGCUACCCGCUCUGCCGAAGCCCUGGGGCCUGGAGCGCUGGUGUCGCCUCGCCUUGAACGCUGUGGUUGGGCUUCCCAGCGGCCGUCUGCCCGAACCUCUGCUUGCCCUUCUCGGGACCUUCAAGGGUCCCAGGCCCCUCCCCCGUCUGGCCUGCAGGGCCUGGAUGACAUUGGGUACAUCGGAUAUCGGAGCUAUAGCCCAUCAUUCCAGCGCCGGACUGGUCUCCUGCAUGCUCUCUCCUUCCGGGACUCACCUUUUGGGGGACUCCCUACCUUCAACUUGGCCCAGUCUCCUGCACCGUUCCCACCAGAGGCCUCUGAACCACCUAGAGUCGUCCGGCCAGAACCUAGCAGCCGAACCCUGGAGCCUCCCACAGAGGAUCACCGUGAUGAGGUGGUCCUGAGGCAGAAGCCUCCAACAGGUCGCAAGGUCCAGCUGACCCCGGCAAGGCAGAUGAACCUUGGCUUUGGUGAUGAGUCCCCAGAGCCGGAGCCCAGAGGGGAGCGCCCAGGCCGGAAGGUGGCCCCUUUGGCCGCUACAGAAGACUCGUUGGCUUCCAUUCCCUUCAUUGAUGAGCCCACCAGCCCCAGCAUUGACCUCCAAGCCAAGCAUGUCCCUGCCUCUGCGGUGGUCUCCAGUGCCAUGAACUCAGCCCCUGUCCUGGGCACAAGCCCGUCUUCACCAACCUUCACCUUUGCCCUCAGCCGCCAUUACUCCCAGGAUUGCAGUAGCAUCAAGGCAGGCCGGCGCUCCUCCUACCUGCUGGCCAUCACCACAGAGCGCUCCAAGUCCUGUGAUGACGGACUCAACACCUUCCGUGAUGAGGGCCGAGUGUUCCGGCGCCUUCCCAACCGGGUACCCAGCCUACGGAUGCUACGGAGCUUCUUCACCGAUGGGUCUCUAGACAGCUGGGGCACCUCUGAAGAUGCCGAGGCCCCCUCUAAGCGACACUCCACCUCUGACCUCUCUGAUGCAGCCUUCAGUGACAUCAGGAGAGAAGGCUGGUUGUGUUAUAAGCAGAUCCUCACCAGGAAGGGGAAGAAAGCGGGCGGCGGCCUGCGCCAGUGGAAGCGUGUCUAUGCUGUGCUGCGGGCACGCUCGCUCUCGUUGAGCAAGGAGCGGAGGGAGCCCGGGCCGGCGGCUGCGGGGGCUGCGGCGGCCGGCGCAGGUGAGGACGAGGCGGCGCCCGUCUGCAUCGGCUCCUGCCUGGUGGACAUCUCCUACAGCGAGACCAAGAGGAGGCACGUGUUCCGGCUGACCACCGCUGACUUCUGUGAAUAUCUCUUUCAGGCUGAGGAUCGGGAUGACAUGCUGGGCUGGAUCAGAGCGAUCCGGGAGAACAGCAGGGCCGAGGGCGAGGACCCCGGCUUUGCCAACCAAGCUCUGAUCAGCAAGAAGCUUAAUGAUUAUCGGAAAGUGAGCCAUAGCUCUGGGCCCAAAGCCGAUUCCUCCCCUAAAGGCUCUCGGGGCCUGGGAGGCCUCAAGUCUGAAUUCCUCAAGCAGACUGCAGUCCGCGGCCUCAGGACUCAGGACCAGCCUGCAGGAAGCAAGGAAGACAGUGCUGCAGCUCCCAAAACCCCCUGGGGUAUCAACAUCAUCAAGAAGAACAAGAAGGCUGCCCCAAGGGCGUUUGGGAUCCGGUUGGAAGAGUGCCAGCCUGCCACUGAGAACCAGCGGGUCCCCCUGAUCGUGGCUGCCUGUUGUCGGAUUGUGGAGGCGCGGGGCCUAGAAUCCACUGGCAUCUACCGAGUCCCUGGCAACAACGCAGUGGUUUCUAGCCUGCAGGAACAGCUCAACCGUGGGCCCAGCGACAUCAACCUGCAGGAUGAGCGCUGGCAGGACCUCAAUGUGAUCAGCAGCCUGCUCAAGGCUUUCUUCCGAAAGCUGCCGGAGCCCCUCUUCACUGACGACAAAUACAAUGACUUCAUCGAGGCCAAUCGGAUAGAAGACUCCAGGGAGAGGAUGAAGACUCUGCGGAAGCUGAUCCGGGAUCUCCCAGGACACUACUAUGAAACGCUUAAAUUCCUCGUGGGCCAUCUCAAGACCAUUGCUGACCACUCAGAGAAAAACAAGAUGGAGCCCCGGAACCUGGCUCUGGUCUUCGGGCCAACAUUGGUAAGGACAUCUGAGGACAACAUGACAGACAUGGUGACCCACAUGCCGGACCGCUACAAGAUCGUGGAGACACUGAUCCAGCAUUCAGACUGGUUCUUCAGUGAUGACGAGGACAAAGGAGAGAGAACCCCUGUUGAUGACAAGGAGCCGCAGUCAGUGCCCAACAUCGAAUACCUCCUGCCCAACAUUGGCAGGACAGUGCCCCCCAGUGAUCCAGGCUCAGAUUCCACCACCUGUAGUUCAGCCAAGUCCAAGGGUUCGUGGGUCCCCAAGAAAGAGCCUUACGCCCGGGAGAUGCUGGCGAUCUCCUUCAUCUCUGCGGUCAACCGCAAACGGAAAAAGCGGCGGGAGGCGCGGGGCCUGGGCAGCAGCACCGAUGAUGACUCCGAGCAGGAGGCACACAAGGCUGCGGCGGCGGGGACGCAGGAGCCACCCGAGGAGCAGCUGCCCGGCCCCGCAGCCGAGGAGGCCCCCGGUCGCCUCAGCCCCCCGACGGCACCCGACGAGCGGCCUGCGGCGGACACGCGCUCCAUCGUCUCGGGCUACUCCACCCUGUCCACCAUGGACCGCAGCGUGUGCUCGGGCACCGGCGGGCGGCGCGUGGGCGCCGGCGACGAGGCGGACGACGAGCGCAGCGAGCUGAGCCACGUGGAGACGGACACGGAGCGCGGCACCGCCGACGACAUGCUGGCGGUGCGGCUCCGGCGCCCGCUGUCGCCCGAGACCCGGCGGCGCCGGAGCAGCUGGCGCCGCCACACGGUGGUGGUGCAGAGCCCGCUGACCGACCUCAACUUCAACGAGUGGAAGGAGCUGGGCGGAGGGGGCGCCCCGGAGCCCGCGGGCGCUCGACCGCACAGUGACAACAAGGACUCUGGCCUCAGCAGCCUGGAGUCCACCAAGGCACGGGCUUCAUCCGCCGCCUCGCUGCCAUCGGGGGACCUAGGCAAUCUACAGGGCCUGCCCCCGCGCCGCUCGGCCGCUGCCCGCCUCCACCAGUGUCUGUGACACCCUGUCCGGUGGUCGGGUGGGGAGGAAGAGCGGGGCUGGUGCCGCGGGCUGGAGUUUGGUGGGAUGGGCAGAGGAGAAUCGAAGAGGGAGUCUUCAGAAGAGGGAAGGGGCUGCUGGGAUUCAUGUCCCUUGGAUAAAGGACUGAGUGGCCCUUUUCUGUGAGUCCACUUAGGGACCCUUGUUGACAGUGGAGCGUGGGUGGACCGCCCACGCUCCAUACUGAAGGAAAGAUGGAGCCGGGUUUUUGUGUCUGUCCUCUGCCCUCCUCUCCCCCCCCAUUAGCUCCUAGCCAAGGAGAGGAGGAUGAAUGUCUGGGGAGCGGAUGUGUAGGGUUGGGUGUCCAUGGGAGAGGGGGCUUGUGUGUGUGAGUGUGUGUAGUCACUGUGCAAAGGUGUUUCCAGUAGCAACUUCUGCCCCAACCCGUCCAUUUCCCCACCUGUCCCGAAGCCAGGACCUUUGGUGGGCACCUCAUCCCCAAGCUUGUCAGAGCCCGAGACUGGGUUGAGGCCCCUCCAGAGGCAGGACUGACCCCGCCACUACCAAGUCACUCCUCACACCCUUUGCCAACCUCUGAAGUCACCCCUCUAAGCUCUUUGACCUGUGGACCUGCCUGCUCCCCAGUCUCUGGAGUGUCCAGGACCCCCUGCAGCUGGCUGGCACCUUCCUCCAUUUCACCCUCGUUCCACAGCUUAGCAGGAGACUCACCUUCUCCCUUCAAGGGAACAGUCAGGAAGAACACAUUGAUUUAGAGGGUCCAGCUGGGCUGUUCUUGCAGGGUGGGUGGGACCCAGCCCCCCUUCCCCCACAUUGUAAAUAAACCCUGGAGCACUGUCCUAACCCCCCCCCCCCCCCCCCCCCCCCCCCCCCCCGGGGGCCCCGGGGGGGGGUCCCCCCCCCCCCCCCCCCCCCCCCCGUCUGUCGGUCUCCUUGGUUUCUGCAAGGAUUUGCUGUAAAGUCUCUUCCCCCCUCCCUUACUGUAAAUAUUGUCUCUAAUGUGUAACAUAUUAUAAAGAAUUUAUAAGGAUUUUUAAAGAUGUUUUGCUCAUUUUAAAAAGUGUUGUAACAGUGUUGGAUAAAGCCCCUACGUCUGCAUGGCUCCUCCCACCGUGUCCAUGACACACCACCUCUCUAGGCGAUAACUAAGAUUCCUGCUUCUGAAAGUCCUGUCUUAAAAGUACAGUCUAUAUCUUGGAAAUAAAUGGCCUUUCUCAGGCUUGA